AUGGAUAAGUAUGAAGUCAUUAAACAAAUUGGAGAAGGAUCUUUUGGCAAAAUAUUCUUGGCAAAAGGAAAAAUGGAUAAUGAGCAGUGUGUUAUCAAAGAGAUCAAUUUAACUAAGAUGCCUGUGAAAGAAAAAGAAGCCUCUGAGAAAGAAGUCAUUCUGCUGGCCAAGAUGAAGCAUGCAAAUAUCGUAACCUUCUAUGCUUCUUUGCAAGAAAAGAACAAACUAUAUAUUGUGAUGGAAUACUGUGAUGGUGGAGAUUUAAUGAAGAGGAUAAAUAUGCAGCAUGGAGUGCUGUUUGAUGAGGACCAGAUUCUCAGUUGGUUUGUGCAGAUCUCCUUGGGCUUGAAGCAUAUUCAUGACAAGAAGAUUUUACACAGAGAUGUAAAAGCACAGAAUGUUCUUCUUAGCAAUAAUGGAAAGGUAGCAAAGCUUGGAGACUUUGGCAUAGCAAGACAGUUGAACAGUACUACAGAGUUUGCCCAUACCUGUGUAGGCACCCCCUAUUACCUUUCACCUGAGAUAUGUGAAAAUCGACCAUACAACAACAAAACAGAUAUUUGGUCUCUUGGCUGUGUGCUUUAUGAGCUGUGUGCACUAAAGCAUCCUUUUCAAGGCAAUAGUUUGCAUGAACUGGUGCUGAAGAUUUGCAGAGGACGUUUUCAGCCAGUGUCUCCUAACUAUUCCUAUGAUCUGAGGAUAUUAAUUUCCCAGUUAUUUAAAAUAUCUCCGAGAGAUCGACCAUCCAUCAAUUCUAUUCUAAGGAAACCCUUCUUGCAGAAGCUUGUUCUCAGGUAUCUGCCCCCUGAGGUAGCACAGGAAGAACCCAGUCACACUGUGGUGCAUAGGAAAAGGCCUUCAGCAUCUCACUCAAGAGCCAAGCAGAUGCAAGCAUAUAAACUUCAGAAAUCAAGAGUCCAGGACCCAGUUUCUUUGGAAUCUAGAACAGUGAUGACUUUCAAGAAACAAGAAUUAUUUCAAAGAAAUGAAUGGAAGCCUCCUUCAAGAGUACAACAGCCUAUUAUUCAGCCACAGACCUCCAGAUUUAAUGUGGCAGAGAGGCCAGAAAGCUUUAGAGUACAUGGCCAUUUUGGUCAUUACUACGAGGAGCUUGACAACUUGCAAAGGAAAGCUAAUGCACAUUAUGACCUUUCUCAUAUCAGCCAAAGAGUUGAAGAUUGCAUUAAACUAAAAGGACGAGUUGCACCUCCACCACCCAACUGGACUGCAGAAUUUCUUCAAAGGCGGUUUGAAGCCCAGCAGUACAAGAUUAAAGUGGAAAAACAGAUGGGACUGCGACCAUCCUCUGCUGACCCUUAUCAACACCAAAUAGAGCAGCAGAAAACAAAUGAAGAGCAUCUCAAAAACCAUCAGCAAAACAUGUCUAGAAAGAAUGAAAUGAAAGAACAGGAAUAUUUGAAACAAUUGAAGAAAAUUCGGGAAGAAUACCACAGUGAGAUAAAAGAAUUCAGAGUUAGAGCAGGAGUACUCCAGGAGAACCAGAAAAUACAAGAUAAAACCUAUCUUGUGAGGCAAGGGAAAGCUGAGCAGCAGCAGUCUGAAAACAAAGAUGAAUCUGGAACAGGAGAAGAAUCACUUCAGGAUAUGGAGGAAAACUUUAAACAAGUCAGACUCCAGGAUAGGCAAGAUCAAACAAUAUUAGAAAAGAGACAUAACACAAAAGGAGGAGUAAAAUUUGAAAUUAAUUUAGAUGUAUGUUUUCCUGAGGAGGACAGUAUUCAAGAAGCAGAGGUACUAGAUAAACUCAAUGAGACUUUAACUUCUGUGGAUGGUGAGAAUCUUAAGGAGAAAUUGGUAGAAGUUUAUGAAAAUCGUACAGACAGUGCUUUGGAAAAACUGUCUGACUGCCCAACAGAGUCCAUACAGGAUAUGAAAAAACCCAGAAAACAUUGGCAACUUGGAGCCCCUCAGACACUACUGAAUUUUUUAGCUGGUGCUGAUUUGACAUCUGCAUGUCCUACUAUGGCUGAAAAUGAACUCGCUGACCAUGUUAUCCUGCCUGAAGACAUCCCAGAAAACAGGAAGCAGUGGAAACAGACACCACCAGAGACACUCCUGAGCAUCUUAGCAAAAGCAGAGCUGUCUGAUGAUUACUUUAUCUGUUUUGAGGAAGACAAUGAAGGAAGAUUAACUCCAUUGCCUCCAAAAGAAAAGAAGGAAGAUGAUUCAGAAACAUACUCUGUUGCUGUUGAUGAAGGUAGACUUGAGCCAAGAUCAGAUGAUGAAGACACGAAUUUUGAAGAUUCUGAAGAUGAACUCAGACGUGAGCUGGAGGUAUCUCUGGAAAAAUUGUCAACUUCUCCAGCAGAGAGAACCAUGGAGUCUCACAACUUUUCAAUAAAUACAGGUCAAACAGAUGAAGAAAAAAUGAGUUUACCUCACAAACUUGGAAAAUCUGAUGAUGAUUUAGAAAAUAAUCAUGGGUAA